ACGAAAGGGUUACACAUUGACGGGAAACUCUCUUCCGUCUCUGCUGGAAUAUAUUUAUUGCACGAUUUCAACAUUCCGUCGCUGAAAAAGUCCGCCCAGCCCACCUGCCUCCGCCCCACGAUGUCAGCCGAGAAGUCGCUCCCCGUGUUCAAGAGCCCCGCUGCUCUCGCCGGGACUCCGCUGCCUCCAUCCGUGGGGGGCAGCGCCCCCCUUCUGGGCGUGUUCCCAGCCCCCGCGUCCCAGCAGCGCGUGUCGGGAUCGGGCUUAGCGGGCACCCCCAGGAACAAGGUGUCGCUGAAGCCAGGCCGCUCGCUCAUGGACUGGGUGCGCCUCGCCAAAAGCGGGCGCGACAUGACGGGACUGCGCGGCCGCCUGCUGCACGUCACCGAGGCGGAGCUUGCACGCCACAACCUCCGUGACGACUGCUGGACAUGCAUCAGGGGGCUGGUGUACAAUGUGACGGCAUACAUGGAGUACCACCCCGGAGGGGAGGAAGAGCUCAUGAAGGCGGCCGGCGUGGAUGGCACGGAACUUUUUGAACAGGUUCAUCGCUGGGUGAAUUUUGAGUCAAUGCUCAAGGAGUGUCUCGUCGGGCGAAUGGCUGUCUCCGUGCCAAUCCCAAAGGAUGUCAAGAAGCAAAAAGAUCACAUUGUGUGCGACAUUGUGAAAGGAGACAACAACGUGGAGGCACUGGGGAGUGACGCCUUAACCCCGCUCAUCCUUGCGGUCCCACAGACACCCACACCGAGGUUCGAUUGGUUCCAGACUGAGUGCAGCGUCUCCCUGGUUGUCUACUCCAAACACAAGGACCUGGAACCUGAGUGCGUGGUUGUGGACGUUAGCGACCGUGAGCUGAGGGUGUCUGUGGCACUGGGGGAGCAGUCCUACUUACUUCACCUUGAGCUGGAAGACAAGGUUCUGGAAGAAUACACAGUGCAGGUGACGUCCCCUCCGGGCAAGGUAGAGGUCUGCCUGAAGAAGGCGCAGCCCAGAAUGCCGUGGAAGAGUCUUGGCCAACACCUUGGGGGAUCCGGGCUGCUCGACAAGACGAGCUCGCGUGAGCUGCUCUUCCGGCGCGGCAUUGUGACCGCCCGCUCGCCGGUCACCCACGACACGGUCCUGCUGUGCGUGCGCCUACCGCCCGGGACGCACAUGGGCCUCGCGCUCGGCCAUCACGUGUACCUGCAAGCACCCGUGCAAGGAGUCGAUAUAACGCGUGCUUACACUCCCGUGCUGCCCUCGCUGACAGCGCCCUGGGAGGUGGUGCCGCGUCUCUCCGCUGUCUUGCACUUCAUGAUCAAGGUUUACCCCAACGGCACCCUGACGCCAGUGCUCGGCUGCCUUGGCCCAGGGGACGCGGUGCUGGUGUGCGACGGUGCUGGCACCUUCCGGCGAGAGCAAGUGGCUGGCGUGUCGCAGCUCAGCCUCGUCGCGGCCGGCACGGGGCUGACACCCAUGGUGCGACUUCUCGCUUACGCCAUCGUCAGCGACCACAUCCGGAAAAUCGAGCUGGUGUUUUUUAACAAGUCACCGGAGGACAUCCUGUGGAAGCAGCAGAUUGAUGAGCUGUGCCACCGAGACUCCAGGUUCGAAGUGCACUACGUGCUCUCGGAGGCGAGCGACGGAUGGCACGGCCGCAUUGGCAGGAUCAGCAGAACGCUGCUGUCAGAGCUGCUCUCACCGGUGGCGAGUGGCGUUGGCGAGCGGAAGAGGCGGCUAGCGUGCGUGUGCGGGCCGGCCCCCUUCACCGAGCUGGCCGUCAGCAUUCUCGAUGAGCUUGGAUUUGAGGAUCAGGAAAUUCACACAUUUACAGAAUGAGAGAUGCAUCUGGUCUGGAAUUCCCGCAGACAUUCAUUCAGGUCUGGUGCGUGACGGUGAACGUGUCCUUGCCCACCUCGGGACAUCAGUGCAACUAUCGUGGCAUCACAGCAGCAUGAUGGACCAAUCGUUCUACCCGUGCCCUUUAGCUCUGAGCCAUAACAGCACAAACGACUGAAAUCUUUCAUAUCUACUGCCUUCCAUAUCUCGACUCCCGGGAUUUUAAAACACAGCUGUAUCCAGCUCAGCCUUUCCCGAAGCUUUUUUUUGCUGUCCAUCGUUCUGCGCUCCCUGCGUUUACACCAAAUAAGUCUUCUCCACAGGAGACAUUUGAAAACAUUGGACAUUAUUCUCGAUGGGUUCGUGCACCGAGCCUUUCUCACUAUUUAAGUCUUGGCAAAUAUGGCAUGUAACCUUUCAGCCGUGCCACCCCCCUCUCUCCCUACCAGUGAUUUGAUAAAUUGUCUUGAUUUGGGGGGUAACAGUUGAACUCAAGAAGAAAUGUAUGUCACUUUUACCGUCUCAUUUGUAUUGUAUGAUUAUUUGUGUGGUGUAAUGUGUGGGGUGUUCCCACCUCUUCCUAGAUGUCUAGAAAGACUCGAUUAGGACAAAAUAGCGUCUAGUAGAGGCCCUUCUACCUGCAAGUGUGCAAGCAUGGUCAGAUCCACACCUAUACCUUUUAUUUAUUCUUCCUGUUGAAGGAGUCACGGCUCAAAGAACAGUAAUGUAAUUCCAGCAACACCUUCAGGCAGCAGAGCGUUGUGUUUGCUCUGCAAUCUUCGUUCUGCUAGCCUCGAAUACAUUACCAUAUGAAUUUCAUACAAUUUGCAUUUUCCGUGAAAGAGCCAUUUUCCUAGACACGCAAUUCGAUGCACGUAUCGUGAGCGUGAGAUUUAGUUUUGACGACUUGAUGGACACGUCUAUCUCGAACCCACAGCAACGUCGCGCGUGGCCAUCGGCGACGUCCAAAAUCCACCGCGCGCUCGGCGUCGUAAUCAAUGCCUGCGUGCCCACCCCCGCAUCACGACAGUGUUUGCUAACAUCGCUGCUAAAACGAGUGCCUUAUCUUGCUUGAAAAUGUUGUUCCGCGCGGCCCUAAAUUAUUGUUUUCCUUGAGAGUAGUUUUGAAAAAAUGUGAGUGCGAAAAUAAAAACGUUGAACGAUU